AUGGGGGACUUCAAUUUUAUACUAGCACAAGAAGAUAGAAUAGUUGGUAGUCAGGUACAAGAUGAAGAAAUAAGAGAUUUCAAAGAGUGUGUGACUAAUUCAAAUCUAGUAGAACUGCAAAUAGGAGGGAGGAAUUACACAUGGACUAAUGGACAUAUAUAUAGCAGAAUAGACAAAGCUAGAGUUAAUGCUGACUGGUUGAACAAGAUGGCAACACAACAGGUCAUUGCUAUAGAGCCUUUAUUUUUGGAUCAUUCACCUCUAGGCUUGAUAAUGGGGGAACAAAGAGAUACAAAGAAAAGACCUUUCAAAUUUUAUAAUUGCAUAGGACAACAUCCAGAAUUCAGGAACAGGGUGGAAGCUAGCUGGCAUAUAUUAGGUGAAGGCAUGAAAGGGAUAAGGAUGAAUUUGAAAAUAGUAAGGAAAAAGAUGAAAAAGAUCAUUCAAAAAGAUUUUAUGGGGGUUUCUGAAAAAGUGCAAGCACUCGGAAGAGAACUCAUAGAUAAACAAAAGAAUAUAAGAGUAGGUCCAAUACCACAGGCCAACAUUGAUGAGGAGAAAUUACUGAGAACAAAACUGGCAAAGUGGAGUAUGAUUGAGGAGAACAUAUAUAAGCAGAAGUCCUGA